UUUCCAUGACGUCACCAUCAUGACGUCGGCGGAUAGGGGUCGUGCUUGGCAACCGGAGGCCAUUCUUUGAUUUAGCAACAGUGGAGCGAUUUAAUAUCGCUCAUUUCAACGCUAAAAUAAAACAUUGUUUUAUUCAUUCAUCUUUUGGAUAUAAGAGCAAGUAUUAACAAAAUGUAGUGGUAAUGAAGGGAAAUGUGGUGUGGGAGGCAAAAGUUUGUUCUUAAACUAUGGAAUUAUGACAACUGAUAUUAAAACUCUGCUUGUGCAGCAGCGUCGACCGCUGAUAUCUAAUACAAUGUAUACACAUACUGUAGAAGGUGGCCAUUCACACCACCUGCCGCCUCUAACAAGUCAAACUGUUGGAGGUGGUGGAAGUGGACAAGGUGUCAGAGUCCAGCAGUUGUUUGAAGACCAUAAACAUCAUACAGAAAAACGCGAAGCUAUUCAAAAUGGCGGAGGUGGCGAUGACCAGUCGCUAUCUCAAGUCCCACGUCCAAGUUCUAGUGCUGGCAGUACUGGGAGCAAAGGCUCUGGUGUUAGGAGAGGCAAUAGAAUGAGUCCAGAAUUCGCUAUGAAGCAAUACAUGCAUAAACUCAGUUCUUAUGAACAUCAUGAAAUUUUCAGUUUUCCUGAUAUAUACUUUGUGGGACAAAAUGCAAAAAAGAAACAAGGGGUCAUAGGUGGGGCUAACAAUAAUGGAUAUGAUGAUGAAAAUGGAUCUUAUGUUCAUGUUCCUCAUGAUCAUAUAUCCUAUCGAUUUGAAGUCUUAAAAGUUAUUGGUAAAGGUAGUUUUGGCCAAGUCGUUAAAGCUUAUGAUCAUAAAAAUCAAAUUCAUGUUGCAUUAAAAAUGGUUAGGAAUGAAAAAAGGUUUCACCGUCAAGCACAAGAAGAGAUCAGAAUAUUGGAACAUUUAAAAAAGCAAGAUAAGGAUAAUAAUAUGAAUAUUGUACACAUGUAUGAAAACUUCACAUUUAGGAACCACAUCUGUAUUACUUUUGAAUUGUUAAGUAUGAACUUGUAUGAAUUGAUCAAAAAGAACAAAUUCCAGGGUUUUAGUCUUCAGUUGGUCAGAAAGUUUGCUCACUCAAUUCUGCAGUGCCUGGAUGCUCUCUUCAAAAAUCGAAUUAUUCAUUGUGAUCUCAAACCUGAGAAUAUUCUUCUCAAACAGCAAGGUCGUAGUGGAAUAAAGGUUAUUGACUUUGGAUCCAGUUGCUAUGAACAUCAGAGAAUUUAUACCUACAUCCAGUCUAGAUUUUAUCGAGCUCCAGAAGUUAUUGUUGGAGCUAAGUAUGGAAUGCCCAUUGACAUGUGGAGUUUAGGCUGCAUUCUUGCAGAACUUUUGACAGGUUACCCUCUUUUUCCUGGUGAAGAUGAAGGUGACCAACUGGCCUGCAUCAUUGAGCUCCUAGGCAUGCCUCCACAAAAACUUCUAGAUCAGGCUAAAAGAGCUCGCAAUUUCAUCUCAUCUAAAGGUUACCCUAGGUACUGCACAGUCAGCACUUUGCCAGAUGGCAGCUCAGUGUUACAAGGUGGUCGCUCACGGCGAGGUAAAACACGUGGCCCUCCAGGUAGCAAAGACUUAAUUACAGCUCUGAAAGGCUGUGAUGAUCCAAUGUUUUUAGAUUUCAUGAAGCGAGCCUUGGAUUGGGAUCCGCAGAAUCGCCUUACCCCUACACAGGCUCUACGUCACUCUUGGUUGAGACGUCGUCUGCCUAGACCUCCAGCUUACAAUGGUGAAGCUAAGUCUGAAUCUGCUUUAAGAAGGAAUUCUUCUGGUAAUCGCAGUACAGGCAUGCCGAAAUUGGCAAACGGAACAAUAGCAACAGCAAGUGGGAAAUCCCGCCAACUUGCUAUUCAAGAUGAUUUAGCUUCGCAGCUUAAUACUAGGACAAAGCUACCACAGAUAGGAUCUACAAUGUAGAACAAUUUUUGUUUUCUAAAGAACAAAAAAGGAAAUGUUGUGAAAUGUAUAAUUUUACAUAAACCAUUUUGUUUUGCAUAGUGUUUUGAUCCUUUUUACGUUGUCAUUGAUAUACAUUUGUCCUCUACAAUCUUUCUUAUCAAUAGGAUAUACAAGCAUGUUCUUAUUUUAAUGUUGCUUUAUUUCUUCUUUUUUUUUUAAACCAAUUCUUUUAAAGUCAAAUACAAAAAUUUGUGUCUGGUUUUAAUUUUUUUAGAUAUUCUACUAUUAAAUUUUGUCUUUAGACUUGUUUUUUCCAUGUUUAUUUUUAUCUCUUUUUUUUUUAGCAUCAAUAAAUAAUGGUCAAUUUUUUGUUUUAAAAAAUCAUAGAAUCUCCAGUUAUAAUUAAAAUAUUUAACAGACCAGUUGUAAUUACCAUUGGGUGAAUUUUUAUAUCAACACAUAAGAAAACCAUAACAUACACAUAAAUUUUUUAUUUCUGAAUUAUCUGACCACUAUUAUUUGUUUAAUUUUUAUUCAGUUUAGCUUUUACACUUCCACAUCAAAUUUUGUUUUUUUUUAAUAUAAUUUUAAAAUCAGAAUGUUUAUCCAGUUUCAUUUGAUUCAUUUUUAGAACCUUUUUUUUUUUGAGGCAGUUUACAUAUUUCAUAUAAAUUUUUAAAAUUUAAAUUUACAAACCAAUUAAAAGAAUUUAUAAUUAUAAUUUGCUUAUAGUUUAGGUUUAUUAAAAUUAUAUUUUACACACACACACACAAAAGAAUUCCGACUAAAUUAUCUGACAUGGCAAAAAAAAAAAAAAAGAAUUUUGACUAAAUUAUCUGACAUAGCAAAAAACUCUCUGCUCUGUAAAUUAUUGUAGCUCUUUUUUUUUUGCCAAUAAAAAUAGUAUCAAUCGUUUAUGUCACUAUUGAAGAACAAUACUCUAUAGAUAAAAAAUUUAAUUUAUGUUUGUUAACUCUGUUAUUUGUAUUGUAUUUUUUUUUUAAAGUUCAAGAGUAGACAUUUUAUAACCUGUUUUUGUUUGACAUUAACAAGUAUUAAAAGUACAAGUCAUCCUAUUCUGUAAUAUAACUAUUUUGUUAAGUUAACUAUAAAAUAACAUUUCUGUCAGUAUAACAUUGCUGUUUUAGCAUCCAUUUUUUUUUUAAAUUUCACACUGACUUAACCAACGAACCAAUAGGUUGCAAUUAUAAUGUAUAUAUUCGUAUAUAUAUACACCAGUAGAUAUUGUACAUUUAAAAAAAUAAAUUGCACUGUUGAAAUUUGCUAUCAAAUCACAAUACUAAAUAAAAGAAUUAAAAUUAACUUGAAAAUAGAAACUAUUGCUUUUAGGUAAUUUGGCCUCUAGCCAGCAGAGAUAGUACUGGUAAUUACUAACUUAACAUAUUUUUUUUAACAAGUGACUAUUUGCUUAUAACAAGUACAUGUUUACCAGUUUUGUCUAAACUCUUUCUUAGCCAUGGGAAAUUCACUUUUAUCUAUUUUGACAUUGAAACCUUUUUGUAGGCAUGCUCUAUUUUAUAUUAGAUUAAUAUUUGAUGAAACAUUUAUUAAAACAUCCAAAACACGCUAAAACAGUUAAAAAAAAAAAUUAAAUAAAAUUUUGAUUCUAUCUAUCAGUUCAGUCCAGCCAUUAAUGAACAGGUAUAUCAAACUAAGAACUAUUGAACUAUUCCAAAAGGAUAUGAAUUCAUGAAUUUUAAUAUGAUGAGUUUUGAAUGUAUCCAUUGGCUGUUAGGAUCCAUACAAUAAGUGAUAGUUCCAGCAUUUUACUAACAGAAUUGUCAUAGCAAGUGAUUUCAUUGGAAUUACUCUAUUGAUCAAAGCAGCUGUUGAAAGAACUCCACCUAACAUUUCAUUGGUAGCUAGAGAACCAUGUGUUCAAUUUUUUUUCCAGUGUAAGUCAUAUGAUUGGGUAAUAGUCAUUGCCAGUAUAUAAUCUAAAGUCAUUUCUUAGAUGCCGUCCACCCUUUUAUAUCCUUGAGCACUGUUGUGAUAGCCAUGAUUUUUAAUGGCCUUUUUUUUUCUCUCUUUAAACUCACCCUAUCUCCCCCCCACCUCCACACACUGAAAUAGUCCUAGAAUUAAUUGUAUCCAAAAUAUUAGUGUGUUUCCAUCAACAGCAAUAUUCUUAUCCGCUUGUGUGUGUGUAUAUGAUAUGUAUUCAUUACUCAUUUAUGGUCAAUGUACCUAUUUAUUUUAUAAGUUUCAACAUCUCAACUUUAAUGUCCUUUUUCUGAUAAUGAAAUUGUGUGAAAAUGGUAACACUGUACUUAUAACAUAGUACACAUUGCUUUGAAAUAAUUCUAUUCUUGGUGUUUUAAACCUUGAUCAUCAUUGUAGAGUUAAGAUGUCAUAUACCUUCAAAAUAAUAUCAUUAUGUUUUGUUUCAGAGAAGGUUGUUUUUUUUUGUAUGAUUUUGUUUUCUUUUUGCUUACAUACAUGUCAAUGUUUAUAUUGAGUAUUGUUAGGUCCUUUUGUUGACCAUGAUCACAUUGACAACUCAUUUAUGAAAGGUCUUGCUGCUGAUAGUGCAUGAAAAUGAAUUAAAAGGUUGUGAUAAAUCAGAAACCUUCUCCCUAGCUGAUUAUUCUUGGUUCUCAUUUAUAAGGCUUUUUUUUUUUUAAACAAAUGUCGCAUAUUUUAAGACUUUCACUAUUGGUUGGGAUUAAGACAUUUUUUAAAGAAAUCUUUUUUUUCUCUAAUUUUUACAAUGGUCUUUAUUGGGGAUACAAUGAGCUCAAGUUUUGAAAAGGGCUAUAGUGGAAGUGUUAAGAAGAGAGGAUUUCUAAAACCUUACUAAUAUUGGGAAUUAUAUAAAUUAUAUAGUUGAAAGAAUCUUGUAUUUAAUACUAAAAGAGUUAUAAUACUUCCAAUACAAAGAUGUUGUUUUUUUUCAUUGUAAAAUGGUAGAAAAAUGUGCUCUUAGUCAUAAUAAGUAAUUUUUUCAAGUGAUAAAAAAAAAUUGGCUAUCAUUGUCAACCUACAAUACUAAACACUGUUUUUAUGACCAAACUUACAUUGCUUUAUAUUUAUCUUAUUAAAUGUUUAUGGCCAUUUACUUGAAUAAUGUAAUGAUUGAGUCAGAAAAUCAAGAUUAAGCACUUUAUUUUCCAGAACCUUUUGUAGAAGUUGUACAUAAAUAAAAGAUAUACAAGCACUGUGACAACUAACCAAAUAGACCAAUUUAUUGUCAUAGAUUAAUUUGCACAAGAUGUACUUCACAAUAUCCACAGUCAAGUUUGUAAGUCAUUUCAUAUCUCAGUAUUGAGUGUGAUCUAUCAUCAGGUUUUAUAUUUAUGCUCUAUUUUUUUUUAUACAAAUUUUCAUCUGAAUGCAGAAUAAAUCAAACAGAGUAACAUUUGUACCAUUGAGGUUUUGUGUCAAGAGAUCUUUUAAAGUUAUUUAUGGAAUCUCUGACAUUAUUUAUUACCAGUUAGCUAUUUUAUCCUAUGCUGAGCAUUAAAUACAAUGUUGAAAUUUCUUGAUUACUUCUCUCUGAUACCAUUCCAUGUUGAGUGAAUUUCCAUAUAUUUGAUCUGUUGUUGAAUCAGGGAAAGAGAUGCUUAUUAUUCCUUAAAAUAUGAGUUCUACACAGUCUCAUUUGCUUUUAUUUUCUAGAUAUAGAAUACAGGGCUGUGACUUUAUAUAUCAGAGCUUUCCUGUCUGAAUGAGUGAAAAUUUCAUUUACAAGCUGAAUAUUCUGACCUUGGUAGCUAUAAGAUCAAUUUAAAAAGUUCUGAUACAGGACCUAUAUAAUCCUGGAAUCCUUUUGUUCAAAAUGAUAAAAUGCAAAAAAUAUUUUAACUAUGUUUCUCUUUACCAUCACCCUUAAAUCAUUGCACUUCAAGCAUUUCUCCUUAUACAACACAAUAGCCUGAUUCCAGGUUCUAUUUGUUGGUGUGCUUAUAUUUCUGAACCAUUAUAAAAUAAAUAUUAAUAUACAGCCUCUAUGAAAUUAAUUUGUACUCAAAGAAUUUAAAACAAAUAAAACACUACUCCAAAUUAUCUCAUUAUUAAAUUGGUAAAAUUUAAUUUCUAAUGUAACAAUUUUAGUUACUUUAUAAUGCAAAUCUACAGACUUAUUGAUAACAAAGCAUUAUUUUGUUACUUAUAUAAUUGGGCCAAAUCCAUCUCCAGUCUGUAGUGUUGUUAUGAAAUAGAAACACUAAAAUAAAUUUAUUUUAUUUAGUGUACAAUAUGUUCUCCCAAAUGUCUUGCAAUCUACUAGAUAAGGUUCAAAAGGCACUUGUUCUCAUUCUUGUGUGUUAUUCAUCUCAAUGAUUGUGUCACUUUAUGAAGAUAUGCAUCCUCUACUAAGAUAUUCCAUGGUUAGUAGAAAAUUAUUUAAAAAAGGACUGCAAACAUAUUGCAGAUAUUGACACAUUUCCCAGCUAUAUAAAGCCUACUUAUAUGAAAGCAAUGUUAUUGUAUAUACAAUUGAAAUCGCUUUGAACUUCCCCAAGCUCCAUUCCCAAGUUCAAAUCUUGUAUAUUUUGUUACAAUAGCUGUUUGAAGUGCUUCACUGAAUGAUUUUUCACUAUUAUUAUCUAGAUAGACUAUCCAUUGUCAUUGAUAUUUUUUUGUUUCCUUCUUUGAAUUGAAAAUGAUACAGAUAUUCUGAUUUUGUUUGUUGCAAAGUUUGGAGUGAAAUUAUAACAUUAUUUAUUGUAUUCAAAGAGUGACUAUCUUCUAUUGUAACAAACAUUAUAUUUGAGUUGUUUUAUUUCCCUUAGAGCUAUCUGUAUAGUAGAUUGAAAUCCAUGUACCCUGUCCUUAUGUACCCUGUCCUUGGCUCAAUUUGGUUUUGUAUUUAGAUGUGUUGCUAUUCAUACUGUAUUGUCAUUGUUUUUAAAUGUUAACCUUCAGUACCAUACAGUAUCUGAUUCAGUGUACAUCCAAACACUCCCAUUGUUUGACUCAAAAGUUGAUCAUGUUUUAUAUGACAUCUGUACAAGAUGUCAUGUUGCUGGUAACAAACUUAAAAAAAUUUGAGGUUGUAAUCUGAAGACAAUGACUGACCUCAAGUUGUUUAGAAGACUUUCUCUUGUAAUUUGUGUUUAAGAUACAACUAAAUGAAGAUGACAUCACAAGCACACAUUUGUUCCUCUGCUUUAUGUACAGUUUUUGGUAUGUCACAUAGAUAAGACGUUAUAUUACUUAAAGCAGAAAGUCUGUUUGUCUUAUAAUUCUCGAUGAAUGAUUUUAUUCAGAGCUUGACAUACAUGUUUUAUGCUUCAAGUAAAUACUGUACACUAAAACAUUUUCUUAAGAUAAGCUUCUCUUGAUUAGAGUGUGUACAACUGAGCUCUGUAUAUGGUGUGAACCUGUCUGGAAGCAAGUAUUUGAUGAUAAUGAAACUACUAGAGACAAUAAAAAGUAUUUAUGUA